UGUACUGUCUUUAUUCAAAUCAGCAUUACCCCUCACUAUAGCAUUUACAUUUCUACUAUUAGAAGACUUUAAACUGUGUUCGACUUACAUUCAAGUGCAUCAACAUGGGGAAAGUGAACGUCUGCUUGAAACGGAGUUACAUUAUGGUGAUAAGUGUGAUUGCGACGCUGAGUGCCCUGAUGUUGGCGGUCACUCUGUUUACCCACGGACGCUUCUCCAGAGUGGAUGAUGAGACGGAAACGAUGCUCCCAGGCCUUCAGUUAAUGUAUAGUAUUUCCAUCAUAACUCUGAUCCUGGCCAUCAUUGGUGUGUAUGGUGCUUGCAAAGAGAAGAAGUGGGCACUUAUAAUGUUUGCAGUUGGAAUGAUCCUCGGUACUCUGUUUUUGAUUGCAAGUGAUAUUCAAGCACUGGCUCAGCGACCAAAGGUGGCUGAACAUCUGAAGAUGCAUUACAUGAUGCUGCAGAAUAAUGCUAGUGGGAUUACUGACGACUUGAGGGAUGUACACAUUAAAUUUCAGUGCUGUGGACUGGAUCAGGGCUACCUGGAUUGGGGCUACGACAUCCCAGAAUCCUGUCUGUGCACGGAGGAGUCCACUAAUCCUUGUGUGGCAGCUCCCAGAAACAGCAGUCUGUUUGAGCACAUGAUCGAUGACCAGCCCAUCAUGAUUUAUAAAGAGUCUUGCCUUCCAUACUUCAUUGUUCAUGUGAUGAGAGUCAUUGAUGCCACAAUAGGCAUAAUCCUGGGAGUCAUAUUAUUGUGGAUAUCGUCAGUGGUGCUGUGUAUAUUCAUCUUGUGUCGGCUGAGUAAGAAGGAAGACGUCCCGGUGGUGGUCUACAGUUCAGAGGCCAAAGCAGGCAACUACACGGCCCUCACAGACACAGCAGAGCACACCUGACUGGGAUCGGUACGACGAUACAAAGUGUUUUAUCGAUGUUUUUAAAUAUUUCAUAUGUCGCGUGAAAAACAUGUGCAUUGUAUUGUUUCUGUUUCAAAAUGUUUGAUUAGUCAGUAUGUGUUAGUAACACCAUGUAACCUUUAUUCACUUUUGUCAUCCCUGAAGAUGCAGUACAUGAAAAACAUGUGGGCUGUGAAACUGGUCCGAAACAGGACACACUGUAAGAAUAUUUUCUUUGUAAUAUGCACACAUAUACAGUAUAAGCCUGAUAUUAAGUCUGAGACCUACACCCUUCUGGUAUACAAGAGAGAUGUGGUAUCGUCAUUUUGCACAUUUGUUCGGCAAGAGGCGAAAUGAGUCACAUUGUAAGAUAUGACAAUAGAGAAUGAGAUGGGUAAAAGAAAUGUGGUUUUAAUAAUAACACUGAUUAAGUUACUGCAGAAAUAUGUAUACUAUGAAUGUAUUAUAGCUUCAUCUUUAUUAAGUGUCUGUAUUUUAUGGCUGUGUAGCUUUCUGUAAUAUUCUGUAUUCUAGCGAGCUUCAUUUUAAUCACAUUUUGAUUAAAGAAGCUACUGGAGCACAUUCAAAGUUCUCUGAUACAGUGUGAUAUAAUUGGAUGUCAUUGGUACAUACUUGUAUGAGAGAAACAAAGACAGAUAGCUGAUGGCUUCUCGCUGAAACACAUGCUUUGUUUCUUUGGUCCUUGCCGCUACGAUGCACCCGAUAUAUUGUUCAAGAUCUGGAGCAGUGCAGCUGCCACUUUCCAUUCCAUCUACGCAGCGCAUGUCAGAGCAUUUUUGAGGAUGAGAUACUUUCGGUUCAUUGCAGCAAGAGAAAGGAAAAUAGAUAACAAGGAAGGUGCAACUAAUAAACUGUAUUUGCCACAUUAUGGGUGCCAAAGAAGCAAAUACAGUGGCACAGCCUCCUCUCACUCCCGUAUCGUCUGCAUACAAAAGGAGACCGUUCAGGAGUUUAUUCUUGUCCCUCUAGUUCCCAAUAAGAUGUCAACUGA